AUGCUACAUUUUCUUUUUUUUUGUUUUUUCACAAUUCAUGCAAGAAAAAUAAUUAGCGAUGCGAUCUCAAUAGUACCAACAACCACUCAAUCAAUAACCAUGGCUGAAUUAAAACAAGUAUCAUUUCCUCCAGAAGUAUUAGCGAGAAUUGCACCUGACGUGUCCUUACAAAGACAUUUAUCCAUAGGUAUCAGACCAAAUUUACGAAACUUUACGGAAUUCAAGCCAAUUGAAGUAUCAACCACUACUCAAUUUCAGGAUAAUAAUGACAAUGUGUUUGGAUCUUCAAUCAUUAAAAGUGGAUCAACUACUAUCAUCAAUACAAUCACUUUAGGAAUAACAGAAAAUUUUUAUAACAAACAACCAGAAUAUUCAACUGUAUACCCAUGUGUUGAAAUAUUACGUGGUAGAUCCGGUGCCCCUACCGAUGAAGAAAUGAUAUUAUCUCAAGAUUUGUUUGACACUAUACGUCACAAUAGAAUCAUUACUUCUGACAGCUUAAAGAUUGAGAAUUUGGGUAUUUCUGUUAAGGAUGAACAAAACGAUAACCAAGAAGUAAUUUACUAUCCUGACUUGAACCCUGAACAAUGGCAAUAUAUUAAUCUUACUAGUCAUCAUAACAAAGCAUACUCGUUUGUAUUAUUGUCCAAUAUUAAAGUAUAUUCACAAAGUACGUCAACCAACUCCUUGUUUGAUUUGUGUUAUUUGUCUAUACUUGAAAGUUUGAAAUCAUUAAAGUUACCAAGAUGUUAUGUAUCUGAAAGUUUCACCACCAAAGUUUCUAUGAAGUCACGUAGAUCAAACACAAGAGGUUUGGUUAAUACAAACAAAGCUAAUUUGAAUAUUGAUUUGAAUGAAGCAUUAUAUGACAAAUUAUCAUUAAACUUAAAAGACGGUGCCAUCGCUAGUAAUUUUGGGGUUAUUGCAAAUGAAGAUAAAGUUAUCUUAUUAAGUGAUUUAGAAGGUGAGGCCGAAGAGACAUCUGUGGUAUCGAGAUUAUCCAUAGUUAACAAUAAUGAAACCAUUAACAAGAUUAGUUUAAUUAAUGGUGAUCCAAAUAGUGAAAUCACAUUAGAGAUUUUAAAAGAAGCCAUUGAAAUCAGUAAAAGGAGAAGCCGAGAACAAGGCCAAAAGGUAUAG